AUGGGCAACAUCUGCGGCAAGGCCGAGCCGAACCCCUCCCCGCCAGGCCGCGUCCUCGGCUCCGCCCCCGCCCCGAGGACGACCUCGUCCGUACCCAAGAAGGUCGGCGGCCCGCCCCGGACACUCGGCGGCGGCAGCGGCGGCCACGAGCCCGCUGGCGGGGACUCGUCAGUCGAUCCAGGUGACGCGCGGAGAAGAGCCGCCGAGGCAGCAGAGGCACGCGCCAAGGCUGCCAACAAAGGCGGCAAGCUCAAAGCCCAGCUCAACGCGCAAAAAAAGCAGUCCCGGUCCGACACCAUGAAGGGCGCCAGCGAGGCCGAGCGGCGGGCCAGAGACGCGGACGAGGGCCUCGAGGCCAGGCAGUGGAAUUAA